AUGGAGGGUCUACGGAAAGACUUCAUGUCCGUUGGCUUUAAGGGUUCUUUCUCGUUGGGACUGCUUGACCCCAGGCAUGUCCUAAUCAGAUUCGACCUCGAAGACGAUUUUCAUAGAUGUUGGCUGCGCGGUUUCUGGACGUUCCAAGGCUUUGCAAUGCGUGUGUUCAAGUGGUCUCCCACAUUCUCUACAAAUAUCGAAUCCUCUAUAGUACCGGUCUGGAUCCGGCUCCCGUUUCUCCCUGUCCACCUCUUUGGAAAAAAGCCUUUGUUCUCCAUUGCUCGAUUGGUUGGCGAACCCCUGCGCCUAGACGCAUCCACAGUGACAUUGUCGCGGCCUAGUGUGGCUCGCAUCUGCGUUGAAGUUGAUCUGUUACAGUCCCUCCCCCAAUGGGUGUGGAUUUGGAACGGGUCAACUGGUUUCUGGCAAAAGGUAGAAUAUGAAAGCCUACCAGAUUUUUGCGAAAGUUGCAGGAAACUUGGCCACUCCGCCAGUUCCUGUCGAUCGCAAGAUCAUGUUGUUAAUCACCGGGAUAUCCUGGCUACGCAACAACAAGUCGGGCCUCCAAAGGAUUCAAUCCCGCUGGAGGCGACAGAUCAACCUAAAGAACCAGAGCUGACUGUGGCUAGGGUUUCAGCCGAAGUAGUACAUCCUGACACUGGGGAUCAGGGAUCCGCCCAACAACACGUCUCUAAUGCGGAUACCCAGGGACGACACAACUUAGUGGCCCAACCGCAGCGCUCUGCAGAUGCAAUCGCAGAAGCAGCGGCUGCCUGCUCUGCCCAUUUGGUUUCGGCAACGGUAGUGAGUAAUCCCAAGAGGACCGAGGUUCUGCCCUGUCCGGUCCCCUCAGAGUCUCCAAAGCCUUCGGCCUUUCCGCCGGUACUGAACAAGCCUCUUCCUUGCGACAUAAGGAUGAUUAAUGCCUUUGGCGACGCAGACGGGAAACCCUUGACUCACUUUCGGAUGCUGAAGGACAACAAAGGCCUGCUCGUCCACGUGCAGUUUUGA